GUACAGGUUAGCUUAUGGAAACUGUCAAAGUUUUUUAAUCACUUUUUUUAUUUUGUUUUGUUUGUUGGACUAUGAACUUUUGAAACUACGGAUAUUAUUUUUAUACAAGUUUUCACAAUAAAGACAAGCUGUGUUAUGUAAAUAAAUAUGUCGCAAGUACAUCGUACCGCUGUUUUAAACCUUUAUAAAACAUUGUUAUACUUGGGGCGAGAUUGGCCUCAAGGAUACGAAUUAUUCAGGAAACGGCUCCAUAAAGUUUUCACCAAGAAUAGCAAUGAAACUGAUCCAGAGAAAAUAAAGCUUAUGAUAAAACAUGGUGAAUUUGUUGUUAAAGAAAUAGAGGCCCUUUACAAAUUGAAGAAAUACAGAGCGAUGAAACGCCGAUAUUAUGACGAAAGCUCUUAGCUCCUUGAAUGUAUAAAAUAUUAAGUAGAAGUGAGUAUCCACGAACAUCCUAUACACUGUGCUGUGUGUAAACACUUAUACAAAUACUUGUAUAUGAAUUUAUUUAGUUAGAAUUUAUUUCAAAUAAUAACCUAAAUUACUGAGUAUAAUAAUUUUGUUCAGUUGUUAAUAAGUUAACAUCCUUGUCACUUUGAGUACUACUUAUGUGCCAUUCAAGUCUUCUCCAGCAUAUAUUCACCCACUGCUUGGCAUUAUGCCUUUCCAAUAUCUUUCCAAUUCAAGUUUAUUAAUACCAAAUUUGGUGAGGAUUUAUUAUUUGUUUUAGCAUUCAUUAAAAAUUUCACUUUAAAGUUAAUGUUAGUACUAUUGUAGUUUAGUUACACCAAAAUAUAACAUUUUGUUGUAAUAGACAAGCAUGGAGCUUAUUGAAACUUGAUUCAAUCAAUGUACCUGACACAAGUCAUAUAAAUUAUUAGAAAGCCUUAGUUUAUACAAAAAUUAACAAAACAAGACCACAACUAUUUUAUAUUGUAAUUAAUGAUAAUAUUUACUUGUUUAAUAAUAAAUUGAAUUUUUAAAAAUUUUAAAUUUAUUUCGUUAUCACUGGGUAGUUAAGCUAAAUGUGAUUUUAUAAUAUACUAGGUAUAUUUAAUUGACUAUGUAAGUGGAUCGAGUGAGUUCUCUUAAGUUGUGAUAAAAAUUGUAGUUGCAUAUAGGUAGGUACCUACAUACAAAUAUAAUUUUAAAUACCUAACAUAUGUGUGUUAAUUCUACUAUAAUGAUGAUGACAUUUAUUUAUUUUCAAGUUUUAUGUGCAGUGUGCAAAAUCAGUUAAAUUUAUACCAAGGUGGCUCUGAAAAUAAUCAUAAUAUUAAAUUAUAAUUUUUAUUUACGUAGAACUUUAUGGUAAAUAUACAUAAACAUAAAUAAAAAAUACACCCCUAAAUAAGGUAUGGUAGUCAAAGUUAUUAAAGCAAAAGUAACUAAUCACUACAUAGUAUAAAACAAAGUCGCCAUUUUAGUCUGCUUGUCUGUAUGCUUAAGUCUUUAAAAUUACGCAACGGAUUUUGAUGCCGUUUUUUGUAACUGGUAGAGUGAUUCAAGAGGAAGGUUUUUAUGUAUAAUAACAUUUAUAAUUUUGCACCCGUGCGAAGCCGGGACGGGUCGCUAGUUUAUUAUAAAGUACUUAUCUAUGUUAUUUCAUUUAGAUUUUAGGGUUCCUACCUAAAAUAUAAAAACGGGACUCUAUUACUCGCUGUCUGUCUGUCACUAGGAUGUAUCUUAUAAACCGUGAUAGCUAGAAAGCUGAAAUGCUGAAAUAACCACAAACGCUAAAAAUUAAAUAUUAAGGGGGGUGGGGUUGGCCUUUCAGUCUCGCAAAGACUGAAAGGCCAAAUUCAGCUGUAUUAUGUAAUUGAAAUCCAAAUAGUGAUAGUAGGUUGCUGUCCAAAUAGUGAUGGUUGGUUGUUGCCCAUCGCCUUAAGAAGAAUCCUAAGUUUAUUAGCCUAUCCCUUAGUUACCUUUUAAGACAUUCAUGGAAAAGAGAGGGAAAAUGUUUUUGGUCCUAAAGUGCCAGGAACCGCAACUUAUCUAAGUACAUCAACGAUAAAGUAUAAGUAUAUCAAUCAUCAUGUGUUAUGUACGAUGAAUUGAACAAUCAGAGACAGAUUUGGGAAAUUGUUUUUCAAUGAUUUCAGUUCGAUAGAUCAUCAAGAGAAAAGUAGUAAUAAUUGUGCGGAAUUAUUAAGUCGUGAGGCGAGUGGAUAACUUAAUCUUUCGGUAUUUGUUAUUUUAAGGCUAUCAAUAGAAAUUUUGCUAUUGAUCGACAUUAAUGAUGAACGGUAAAAUUAGUGAUCGAAAAAAUAAUUCAAAUCCCCACUUGCAUUCUUUAUUACUAUAAUUUCAGGCUCAUCAUUCAGAUUAAAUAUUAAAAUGAAACAAUGCAAUCUAUGGAAUUAUGUAUUAUAGACAUUUUUCAUAGUUUACAUAAAUUAUGUUAAUUAUCUAAAAAUAACUCGAAAUCAAUCCUUUUUGUAUAAUAAUAAAAUAAAACUAAAAUAUGGUUUUUUAUUCGAAUGACAAGUGAUAUGAUAUUUAUAUAAUAUAACUAUAUCGAUCCAAAAUAUAUACAAGACUAGAUCUAUGAUAAUGACAUUUAACAAAUAAUUUUGAAGAAAUUAUUAAAAGAAUAAUGGAAAUAAACAAACUUACAACCUGUUUGCAAAGUGUAAAUUUUUAUAUAGAAACUAUUGGAGACUUCGAUAUUAUUUUGUGAAACUAAACGUUAGUUGAGUCCAAUACAUAUAUUAACAAACAAACAGUAAUAAAUACAAGCUCAACUCGACACACCAAACCAACUUUUACAAGUUAUUUAAGUAAGUUUUGUCUUUUC